AUUGAGAAUAAUAAUGGUUAUAUCAAAGCGAUAGUGGAAAAAAUGAUGGAACUAAUGUUGGAUUGUAUUAAGGUUCGCACAUCGGUGCAUUUUUACCGGCCAAAAACAUUGAAAUUGGCUCGCAAUCCCCGAUAUCCCCGAAAAUCGGUACCGAAGCGAGAUAAAUUGGACGCGUACGCUAUUGUAAAGCACCCGUUGACGACUGAGUCGGCAAUGAAGAAGAUCGAAGACACGAACACGUUGGUAUUCAUUGUUGACGUGCACGCGAACAAACCUCAGAUCAAAUCAGCGGUCAAGAAAUUGUACAAUAUUGAUGUGCAGAAGGUGAAUACGUUGGUGACACCCCAUCACAAUAAGAAAGCGUACGUUCGUUUAGCGCCCGACUAUGAUGCGUUGGAUGUUGCGAAUAAAAUCGGAAUCAUAUAA